GAAAUUGAGCACAUCGACUCACAGUUUCCAGCAGUCGUUCAGUUUUCUCUUGCUGAUCCACUGCUGAAUAAUGAAGCUGCUCGCUCUCUUCGUAUGUGUGGCCUUCCUGUACGGUGUCUCCUCGGAGACAUCAGACUUGGGCGACGGUGCGACAGUGGUGGCUGCUGACGAUGCAACCGACGACCGCGCAGUGGCCGUAGAAUCCGAUGACUUUACCGAGGAUGACGACACAGCAGAAAUGGACGACGAAGCCGACUUGGAGUGGGAUGACGAUCAGGAUGACGAUCAGACAGACGACGAUUUGGACGAGGAGCCUGCGUUUCCCUUGAUGUAUGAAGACCAAGACACUGACGCUUUGGAAACGGCCACUAGUCCCGAUCCCGAAGUUGAGGGACACGGUCGUUUCAAAUGUCGCGGACGCCGGUGUUGUUUGUCUAGGAGGAGAUUCCACGUCUGCGUAAGGGCAUCUUACCGACAAGGCAAAAUAAGAUAUAAAGCUACCAUCAAUAAGAAGCAUGUUGUCAGGAAGUCCUUCAAAGUGGGCGCCAACCAAUCGAUGCGCUGCAUUAAAAUCAGACGAGGUUGGUCAAUAUUCAGGAGGCGCAGGAGAGUCUGCGUGGGCCUAACCAGUAUCAGAGUCCUUGGCAAAGGAAGUUGCAUUCGGCACAUCUCGGCUCGCGUCAAGGUCCAAGUCAAGGGGCCGCGGGGUUUCACCAGGAAGUCCAAACGAAUCAGACUUUACCGCCGCCGCUAGAUUCACCACAUCGCUCUUCUGAUGCUUUAGAAUUAUAAUCGGUUCCGUCGUGGGGGUAAAACGUCUACGUUACAAUUACUUGAAUGGAAUUUUAAGGUAAAUCUACGCGAAUCUUGGUACAAAAUAGUCGAGGCUUGUCACACAAAACUAAAUAUUUACAGGCAACUUUGAGAUAUUCUGUUAUCUUCUGGUCUUAAAAACGAAACCAAAUCACUGAAAACUUCGAAACAUUAGUUAGCAAUUUUUUUUCUGAUAAUGUAGUCUUAUUCGUCGCUAGUCCCAUUAUGCUUUGUGUUUUUGCAUGUAGAAGACCAAAUUAAAUUUUCAAUGCAAAACUUUGUAGUCCCUGGUGCCUAAGCCCAAAUAGUCCAUAAAAUAAUAUAGAAUCCAAAAAUUAUCCCUCUAAAGUCCCCCUUAGGCCAAAAGAAAGUCUCAGGUUUGUGGUCAGCGCGCGCGUCGCCUUAGACCUUCUUAUCGCCAAAAGAAAAAAGGUUUUUGGUAUAUACGAUGUCCAAAAGCUGCCAAACUUGCCUGGUCGACUAGAAUUCUGCUACAACGUAAUUUUAAGGUGUUUUUGAUGGGUACGGUGGAGUAAUACGUACAGUAAAGGAGUCCCUCCUGGCCCCCAUUUCUGUAUUAUACUUGGACAUCUGAGAACCAGACAAACAAGGUGGUCUUAUAUCCUGUGUACAUCUUCAAACUAGAAACGCCUUCAAACAGUAAAUAGUGAGUGGCCAGUCUAUUUCAGUGUUGGUAGUGGUGGUACGUACGUACUAGCUUAUUUGCGAGUAUCAUUUUCUAGUGAAAAAAUUCAGACCGCAAAAAAGAAAAAAGCGGCGUCGUCGCAUCAGCCCCUGACCAGAAAGCGGAGACCCUUCCAUAAACCGUCAAUUCAAAAUUUCUAUGAAAAUAAAGAUUUCGGUAUACGUGACGUCUAAAUGCACUAAAAACUCCAGAUUUUCUGAGAUUGGCAUUGGUCACUUCGUGACGCCCGCGACAAAUUGAUGACAUACAUUUAUCAGCUACCUUGUCAAGUCUUCUGCAGUGUUACAUAGUCUCUGUUAUGGUAGAGGUUAAUGAAUUUUAAAGGAUAUUACGUUUCUCUUUCGGUUUCUUUAAAUCUCUACCCCUCCAUACCCGACCCUAAUUUAAUCUAAAAUUCGGACAUAAUUACUUUGAAAAAAGAGAGCUAAUGUUGACUUCUUUAUAGACAAACGUCAAAUUUGGAUAUGCACAAGUCAAAAUUAUUGAUGACUGUAGUCUCGCCACACUGACGAUAUUAUUUUCACGCACCCUAUUGCAUGAGUUGGGUGAAAUGUGAUGAAUUGGGUAGAUUUCGAUGUAGUGGUAUUUUCCAGCUUUUGUGGGUAAAGUGAAGCUUUGGAAAACAGGGAAAUGAUGUUAUCCGUGAAUAGAUUUAAGCCAAUAUUAUUGAGAUUAUCAUCCCCAGCUUAACAGUCAAUAAUACUUGCAACUGCAUUUGUUUAUGAGAGCAUUA